CCGCCCGGCGGGUGGAGCCUGGCGGCCCCGCCCGAGCCGGCCGCCUCUCGGCGCGUGCAAACUAGUGGCAGUUGGUGCGGCUCGGCUGCCGCCCCGCUGCCCGCCCGCCCGCUCCCGGCGCCUCAACGCGGCACGCAUGCCAAGGCCCGGCGGCGCCAGUAAGUCUUGCUCUGUCCGGUGAAAAUCCAGAGGCACUGAAGCAGUGUCCAUCUUCUCUCUGGAGUGAGGCAUGCUUUCCUGGAAUGACAGUUGUACAUUGUUCACAGUUUAAUGUACUUACUGUACCAUAACAGAGAAGAGCUGCUCUGCAGGACAAGAGUUCUCUUGCAGGUGAUGGAUGAGAAUCCUAUGACUGUGUUCUGCCCUGCUGAAAAGAGGUAGUUUAUUGUUUUCUAUUGUAUACCCUGACUUUAUUGCUGGAAGGUGAAGACUGCAAAUGCCCCUUGAAAUCUCUUCGACACAGGAAGAUGCUGUGCUGAGGUUAGCAAGAUGAUAUUCUUGUGUCACAAAAGUUCACUUGUGGCCCUUAGAACUUGUAUUAGUAACUUGGUCAUAAAUUUUUAAAAGUCAAAUGUCCACUGUGUGAUAUAGAAGAACACUUCCCUAACUAGUUGCAUCACUACUAGUGCUGUUGGUAUGUCCUGAUAGGGAGCAGAUGAACAAGAAGGUAACAACACACUGUAGUGCACUGUGCACGUGCUUUAGCCAGCAAAAGCUUUUCUAACUGUGGGCCCCCCUCAUUAGAGAAAAUGUUCUAUGAGUCAAGGCAAUUGUCUCCUCAGGUGUGUUUGAUUUAGCUGUGGGCUAAUGCAGUGGGCUUUUUUGUAAGGAAACUAGAAAUGUGACUGAGGGCAGUAGUACCCUGUAUGCUUCGUUGCAUUUCAGCACUGGUAAGUGGCAGCUGAGUAUGUGUCUGUUCCCAAGUGCUUUGUCUGCAGGAUGGUUUUCCCCAGUGAUUCAGUUCCAGGUAUUUUGGAAAGUUUGCCCACCAAUCUGCUGUUUGGUGGUCUUAAGCUCAUUCACAUCUGACUGUGUGGUGAGUACCCUCAUCACCUCUGACUAAUGCUCAUGUGCUUCUCAGAAACUGCUGACUCACUUAGUUUUCGUGGCUUUUUCCCCUGCCCUCUUCCAGUGCCUUGGACUAGAGAUGUGGUAGGGUCAAGGUAAGGUCAGGGAAAGAGGAAAUGGAAAUGAAUGAGAGUAACUGUGUGUUGUGGCAAGGAUGAAGAUGCUGUAAAGACCCCUUCUUUGAUAAUGUGAGAAAAAGAUGAUGGCUAUAAUGGAUUUCUUGAAAAGGUACAUAAAUCAUGUAUUAAGAAUUGGGCAGAGCAGUAUAACAACUGUAGUGAGCCCACAGUUGGGAGAUGCUGGGUUAUGGUCCUAGUAGUGGUCUGCUCUUCAUUUUGAACUUAAAGCCUUUUUAUUUAUAUGCCUCCAUUUUCACCUUCAGCCCUUCUAUCUGUCUUGUUAUAUUCUGCCACAAAGAGUUUAACACUGAAGUUGUUUUCUGCUGCUUGCAGAAGGGCUGACCUUGCUUGAGGUUUCUGCUGUAGCAGAAAUACAGAAACAGGGAAAGACAAUUAACCAGUUCCAGGCUGGAAAGAAGUCAGAAGUACUGGUCACUGAGAGAGGGGUUUUACUUGCCAGGUUAGGAGCUGCAGGCAGACACAAGCACAGUGAUUUCACAUGUAUGUAUGACUGUUUAUUAAAGUCUGAAAAAAAUUUGACAUGCACCAGACUUGCUUGUAAUCUGAUCAACAAAGUUAAAUUUCAAUUACAUUUUUCUUGCAGGAUCCAGGUGAAUGAAAAUGUUUGCAUAUGCAGAUUCAGUUGGCAGAUAAUGCAAGUUUUUCACCUAUCAGAAAAAGGAGAAGACCUGACUUAAAACUUGCUUUUAAAGACAAGGAAAGAACGUAUUUGGGGGAAACCUAUGUGUAGAAAUGGCACAUGAUUUUUAAUCCAUUUUAAGUGACAACUACUGUGUGAAAGUUCAACUGUCCUGCUUCUCCCCAUCUCCACAUUCUCCCUGACUUCAUACAUCAUAGUUUGCCUCUUCUUGCCAUGUUUUUCAGCACUUUAGAAAAUACCGUGACUACAGAUGCUGCUUUGCACUUCUGGAAGGUCUGGAAGCAUUCUGUCUGCAGCAGCCUACACCUGCACUUGAAUCAUUUAUAAGGUUUUCCCUCUUCAAGUCACAGGUGGUUUGUCAAGGCUUAACAAGGCUUUAGGGUUUUCUAUGGUGCUGAGGAUAUGUUUAGACAGUGCUGAAACUUGCACAAACUUUUUUUUGGUCCCCAACCUUGAUCUGGUAUUAAUGAAAAUUACCAUAAAACAAUGCAGUAACAUCAGUGUUGCCAAAUGUGCAGAUUGUAGGCAGGAGCGAUACCACUAUCUUCCCACAACCAACAAAUAAAAAACAAGUAUCUAGAGGAUCAAAGUAAUUGAAGGAUGCUGUCUAUUCUUGUUGCCCAAUAACGAUAGAGGCGCAAUAGGGCUAUAGCUAAGCAGAAGGAUAACUAGGAAAGUGCUAUUCCCAAGUCCGUUGAGCCUUCAGUGUGUCACUUUUUUCACAUACCUAUGCCUGGACCUCUAAGAGUGUGCAUAAAUACUGCGUUUUUCCCAAGAUGGAGACAGGGAAAAGCUUCAUUCUGAAUUUAAGCCUUGUAAAACUCUCAAAUUUAUUUGAAGUUAGCAGGAUAAAUGCUCAAAGCCAGGUUUUUAAAAGGAUUUAGGCACCUGUUGUGCAGAGAUGUUGUAGAAAUUCCAGGUAGAUGUUGAUGUACCUGAUCCUUAAUUUAGUGCAAAAUUUAUAAAAAUGUUACUGGAUUCUUACCAGCAUGUUUAGGAAUUGUAAUAUCUGUGCACUUGCCGUCCAGUGAGGUAAAUGCUGUUGGAUCAAGCACUGUCUCUGGAUGAUUUUGUUGGAAGUUUAAGGUGGUUUUGACUAUCCCUGGCUUUAGGUGCUGAGAACACAAGUUCAUUGAUUAGUUUUAUCAUAUUUGUCUGGUUUUGAGGGAUAAUGUUUUCCAAACAACAAGGACUAUUGAAGCUUGUUGAGAGAUUUCUUUUUGCUUCAACAGGAUUUGAAUCAGGUCCAAAAUAAAACCUCCCUUUAUUAUUGGACUUGAUAAAUCCGAUGUCUGUGAUAAAGGCUUUUGUUCUUUGAUGUUCUCAAAUUAAAUCAGGCUGUUAAGGGACUGAUGAUCGAGGAGAAUGAGGAGGCUGAAAGUAUUCUGAGUUCAUGGUGUGGCAAAACAGUUCUGAACAUUCAUGUCUUAGAGGCAGAGGUGAGUGAAAAUUGAUGUGGAAUGUGACUGCUGAAAUGUGGGUAAAGCAGUCACCGUGUUUAUUAGGAUUUUUACCUGACAUCUGGAUGUCUGAUUGUUUUGUGUGGGGAUGCAGCUGAGCCUUUCACCGAAGCAGGCAUCUUAUUUUUUUGGAACCAUACCAACCACAUCUCAGAUGUAAGAUAUGUUUUUCUAAGUAUUGGGUGUUACCUCUUUAAGGCAGGAGUUGGUUUUCUUUGAAUAAUAAAUCUGGAAGCUUCCCUGCCACAUCCAUUCUUCAUUUAAACUAUUUUCUACAGAAAUUAAGUAUUUUUUAAUGCUUCUGAAUAAAUAUUAAUAUCCUGUGUAACCCUGUCUUGGUGUGGCUACAUCUUGUGUAUGCAUUGUCAUUUCCAAUUUUGGGAUGUGAUUUUCAUAAAGGAGAAAUUCAGCUACUUCAUAGUCUUCAGUAUCAUAUGAUAAAAUACAGCCAAAUUAAGUGAAUACUUGGAGAUUAAAAAAAAAUAAUCUUGCAAUUUUUUUUCUGCUUAACACUUCCUUAGUAUUCAAAGAGCAUACUAAUAAAUGUUAUUUCCUAUUAAUUAAAAAUAUGCAAAUGGCUUAGCUGAAGGAGGCAGUCUACUGUCAUAGAAGAUCAAAAAACCUAACAGCCCACUUGGAGUUGUAAUCAAGUGGAUGGCAUUUUUCAUUUUCAGCACUGUUAACAACAUCUUAUGAUUUGUACUGGAAGCUUUUGGAUCCCCUCACAGAUGAGGAAUGGAGUAAGGAAGGGAAAGUAGAAUUCAUUAGAUCAUCAGCACAUACAUCCUGGUUUGAACAGUCUCCUGCAUUUAUACCUGUUGCAUCAUCUGCUGCCACUGAAGAUCCUUGUGGUUGUCUUCUGAAUUUUAGGUCUGAAGGUACCCUCUUGCUUUCUCGGCAAAUCAUGGACAUCAUUGGCUUUCUGAAGUCUCAAUUCAUUUGCCACCUUCUGAUCUGCUACAUAUUUAUAGUGUCAGGACUGAUCAUUAACUUCAUUCAACUCUUUACACUUAUACUUUGGCCAAUCAACAAGCAACUGUUCAGGAGGAUCAACUGCAGGCUGGCUUACUGCAUUUCAAGCCAGAUGGUGAUGUUGCUGGAAUGGUGGUCAGGCACCGAUUGCACCCUCUACACUGACCCAGAGAAUUACCACAAGUAUGGGAAGGAGAAUGCCAUCGUAAUCCUUAAUCACAACUUUGAAAUUGACUUUCUCUGUGGUUGGAACUUUUGUGAAAGAUUUGGGGUCUUGGGGAGUUCCAAAGUGCUUGCAAAGAAGGAGCUCUCCUACAUGCCUAUCAUUGGCUGGAUGUGGUAUUUCCUAGAGAUAGUCUUCUGCAAGCGUAAGUGGGAGGAAGAUCGGAAAACAGUCAUGCAGAAGUUGCUGAAUCUCCGGGACUACCCUGAAAACUUUUGGUUCCUGAUUCAUUGCGAGGGCACAAGGUUCACAGAACAGAAGCACCAGAUUAGCAUGCAAGUGGCCGAAGCCAAAGGCCUGCCCAAGCUCAAGUAUCACCUACUGCCACGAACGAAAGGAUUUGCUGUCACCGUGCAGUGUUUGAGAAAUGUAGUUUCUGCAGUCUAUGAUUCUACCCUCAAUUUUAGAAAUAAUGAGAAUCCAACAUUGCUGGGAGUUCUAAAUGGAAAGAAAUACCAUGCAGAUUUGUAUGUAAGGCGGAUUCCACUAGAGGAAGUCCCAGAAGAUGAGCAGGAAUGUUCUAACUGGCUCCACAAACUGUAUCAAGAAAAGGAUGCAUUCCAGGAAGAGUACUACCGAACAGGAACCUACCCAGCAGUCCCUAUAGUACCACCCCGACGACCAUGGACACUUUUGAACUGGCUUUUCUGGGCCUUAUUGCUGCUAUAUCCUUUAUUCAAGCUGCUCAUCAACAUGAUCAACAGUGGAUCAUCACUGACGCUGGCUAGUUUUGCGUUUGUCAUUGUAAUGGCUUCCGUUGGUGUUAGAUGGAUGAUAGGUGUUACAGAAAUUAACAAAGGCUCCACCUAUGGCAACAAUGACAACAAGCAGAAACAAAAGUAGUAUCUUCAGAGACUGCUUCAAUCCAAAGGGAACAAAUGCAACUUCUGAAAACUCUUAAGUGCAUAUCAUGGUCCUUCAAGUGAGAUCAGAGGAAGGGUAGGAUGAGCAAAUUCCCAUGCGUAUCUGAAUCUGUGCUCCUGUUAUUUUUCUCUGGGGGUUUGGGCUAGAUGACAUGCUUGAAAGAUGCGUUCCUUUGUAUGCUCUCCACAACAGGUUUGCAUUUGUUUGGUUGGUUUGUUUUCCUAUAAAGUGUCUUAAGUUUUGAAGGGGGGGGAAAAAAAAAUAUCUAAUGUGUUCCUAUGAUGAGACUCUACCUGGAAACUAACUAGAGGUGCAGGCUUUAUCUAUCUUAACUUGCUCUAAGGAAUGGAUAAAUGUCAGAAGACUGUUACAAGAUGAUUAAAAUUGACAGUUGUGUAGAUCACAUGUUAACAAUUUAACAACCAUAAUCUGUCACUGUUUAAAUACAGUAAGAUGCUCUGCUUGGUUAUACCAGUAUUGGACUGAAGCAGCUCUACUGAACUGGCAGACUUGCAGUAGAGUUUUUCUGCAUCUAGAAGUUAUUCCCACAGUGUGCACCACAUGGGCCCUUUAAAACUUCAGCCAGACCCAGCUAAGCCCUACUUCAGCAUAACCUGGAGUGGAACUGGGCCUUGUGGCCUGAGCAGAGCUAAGUUACCCACUGCCACAUCUUUCCCCAGGCAACACACCAGAGGGAUAGCUGAAACGUGUAAUUCUUUUGAGAGUAAAUGCCAUUUACAGUUUGGAAAAACUGAGGUAAUAAAUUCCUUUCAGCUUUAAACACUGAUUGAAAUUCUAGGCGUUCCUAACAAUGGCAGAAACAAAACAACUGGGUAUGCUGUAACUAAGUAAUGCAAAACGAGCAUUAAAAGUUAUGCCCCACACCCAUACUGUUGUGAUCCCAAUUAAUCUGCUUGUCUGUCUUUUCUGAUAAAUUGGUUUACAUGGUACCUCAUAACAGUCAGCCUAAGGUAAUACUUAAAUUAUCUUUUCUUUUGGGGAGAAGAGGGGAAGUAGGAGAGACACCCAGAACAGUGGUAUGGCUUUGUUUUUUAUGGCUGUCUGGACUUGCUUUGACACCCUUCUGAAUUAAAUAAAACUAGAACCAAGCCCCUUGGGAAAAA